UACAUGGUUUUAUAUACUCUCCCUCACAACCGGACUUAGGGUCAUAUUUCCUUCUUUUUAAGGACUAAGAAUUUUUAGCAAAACAAAAAUUAGUUCUUUAACAGUAUUCUAAAAAUCAAAAAUGAGUAAUAACUAUAGCCUUUAAAAAUAACUAGGCUAAUAUAUUUCGUCAUCCAAUUCCUCAACAAUUUGACUUUCAUCUAAUUAGCCUAUUCCGUAAUCAAUAUUCCAUAUAUUUUUUUUUUCUUGUGGUACAAAUCGAAUAAGAUUCUUAAUGUCGUUAAUUUUAGCGUCUUCAAUUUUAAUAGCAUUUUGAUAACAAUCAGCAGGGUACCUAUAUCUAGGUAUCUUCGAGAUGCUCUAUAUAAACAAAAAACUUUAAAGUUGUCGCCAGGUAUUGAAUCAGAAAAGGCUGGCUUUGCCUUUCUUUUAAACAAAACUCGACGACAACCUGAAAUGCCCGGUAUUGUUGGUUUAAUAUUAUCAUUAUAGGAAGUUUUAUAUAGUAAUUUUUAUUAAAAUUAGUCCUUUUUGGGUGGUAAAAACUUACAGACUUAGGGAUUUAUCGGACUUGGGGAUUUUCGGAACUAAAAGUAUCUUCAAUUUUAAUUUUUAUAGUUUUUAAAAACACACUUAGGGAUAUCAUAACAAAAAAAUUGUUAGACGUAUCGAUAGAGAAAAAACCGCCGAUCAACCUGUGUUAAAUCCCUAACUAGGACUUAAGGAUUUUUUCGAAUUCGAAUUUUGAAAACCCUUUCUAAAUUCUGUAUCGCUUAGAUAUUGCUCGUUAAUAUUGGCUAUAUUUUUUCUGAGGAGAGCUCUCCUCGAGAUUUCUCCGAAAUAAGAAUAAGAAUAAUUUAUUGUUUUUCAAAUUACAAUGCUCAUUACAAUUAUUGACAAUGGUCCCCAAACUAAGCCGGAACCUUGUAUCUUGGGGGCCUGAGUGGUGGAAGUUCUUACAACAUUAUUCUUAGUUGGUAAAGUAAAAUUAUUUUUAAACAAUACAGUGAAAUUUAAAAUUUAGGAAAUAUAAAACAGAUUCAAAUAAAACAAUUAUUUAACUUAAACUAGGAUAAUAAAAUACUUAACAAAAAAUGUGAGGAUAUGAAUAAGUAUGCUGUGUUUGUAUGUGUAUGUGUGUGCGUGUGUGUGCUGGUGUGUAUGUGAAAGUGUGUGUUUUGUGAAGUGUCAAUGAAUGAAUUCCGGGAGUAAAUCUUCUGUAUCUGCGUAUGUUAGUGAGUGGAGCCAUUUUUGUGUAGUUUCUUACAUUGGUUUAAUGUGAGUUCCUUGGUAGUAAAAUAUUUGUUAACUUUAUUAUAGACAUGGACGUGCGAGUAUGCUGGAGACCUUCUUGCCAGAAGACUUUUGUAUUUGUAAAUUACAAUAGUAAAUUAAUAAACCAACUUUUUUUCUAUUUAUCUACAUAAAGUGUUGUAGUAGAUGACUCAUCUAGUUUCUCUUCGUACAUUUCCACUUUCAACAAUCAAUCGCGCUGCAAGAUAAUGGUACAACGUGCUACGUCGAUGGGUACUGCUUGUUAAUCUAUUCAUUUUUUCAGCUAAAUUCGGUCACACAAUCACUUAAUUACUAUUUAAAUCUGCCAAGAAACUCUGACGAAGGUUUUGCCACUGUCAAAUUUAAAGUGAAUAAACUUUCGUUAAACUCGCAAGCCAGCCUUCGACAAUCACGAUACGAUACGUCAAUUUAUACUUUCUUGCUUCCUAUCUCCAUACAAACGACUCAAGGUUACGAUAGUUUCGUUACGAAUACGAUACGAAACUUACUUGACUCAUGUUCGUGCUCCCAAAUUUAGUUCAUAUUACGCACACUAGAGGCGCUGUUCAUAUUUCCAUACAAAACGCUCAUGUUAACGAUACGAAUACUUUUUCGCAAGAUGUUCGUGCUAGGGGUACACUCGUCAAUAAAGUAGCUCUCUAGUCAGACGAUUAAGGCAAAGAAGACCAUGGGAGUCCAUAAAGUAGCUCCCUAGCCAGACGAUUAAGGCAAGGAAGACUACAGGCGUCAAUAAAGUAGCUCUCUAGCCAGACGAUUAAGGCGAGGAAGUUCAUGGGAGUCCAUAAAAUAGCUAUCUAGCCAGACGAUCAAGGCAUGGAAGGCUACAGGCGUCUAUAAAGUAGCUCCCUAGCCAGACGAUUAAGGCAAGGAAGACUACAGGCGUCAAUAAAGUAGCUCUCUAGCCAGACGAUUAAGGCGAGGAAGUUCAUGGGAGUCCAUAAAAUAGCUAUCUAGCCAGACGAUCAAGGCAAGGAAGGCUACAGGCGUCUAUAAAGUAGCUCUCUAGCCAGACGAUUGAGGCAAGGAAAUUCAUGGGAGUCCAUAAAGUAGCCAUCUAGCCAGACGAUUAAGGCAAGGAAGGCUACAGGCGUCUAUAAAGUAGCUCUCUAGCCAGACGAUUAAGGCAAGGAAGGCUACAGGCGUCUAUAAAGUAGCUAUCUAGCCAAAUGAUCAGAGCAAGGAAGGCUACAGGCGUCAAUAAAGUAGCUCUCUAGCCAGACGAUUAAAGCAAGGAAGACUACAGGCGUCAAUAAAGUAGCUCUCUAGCCAGACUAUUAAGGCAAGGAAGACCAUGAGAGUCCAUAAAGUAGCUCUUUAGCCAGACGAUCAAGGCAAGGAAGGCUACAGACGUCAAUAAAGUAGCGCUCUAGCCAAACGAUUAAGGCAAAGAAAACCAUGGGAGUCCAUAAAGUAGCUAUCUAGCCAGACGAUCAAGGCAAGGAAGACUACAGGCGUCAAUAACCUCGUCCUGCCUAGGCCUAUAAUUCUUAACUUGCCAAAUAUGCGCAUAUAACUUGCCCUCUUCUUAGGGCCGCUUGCGCCAAAAGUUGAGUUAAAUUGGGUAACUCCGAGUUUAGUAACUCUGGGUUAAAGUGUUAAAAUUUUAACUCUAACAUUGUAUUGCGCCAGGGGAAAUUAACCUUUGGUUAACUAACCUUCUGGUUUUUUAUUUUACGCUGGUAACAAUACAAAGUAUUCAUUCUGUUUUAAUAUCCGGCAAAAUAUGAAUGAGCGAAUGAUGACCGAAAUAUGUAUACUUGUCUCUUUUAUUGCACUACAGUAUUUUGUAUACCAUGAUCUCCUUACUUGAACUUGACACCGACUUUUCUUUUGAUCGUUUGUUGUGUGAAAUUAAUCAUCGUCAAGACGUCAAUUUCACGUUGCGCGUUAGAAAGAUAACCUAAACGAAUUCUUUUAUUAAAACUGUUUAUUUUCUUCCUUCAGAGCACGGAUUUGACGCCGUGUAAACGUGUAGUAUUACAUAUUUUAAUAGUCCGUGUUUUGGAGAGUGAUUUAAUUGUAAUAUUUGUGUUUGUGCGUAAAUCGCGAGCAUGGAAAAGAAAAACCGUUUACGAGGGCCUAAUUUCACAAAGAGUGACAGUAUAUUGCUGUGCGACGUAAUAAAUAACUUUAAACAUAUCAUAGAAUGUAAAAAGACCGACGGAGUCAAUCUUAUGGAAAAACAUAAAGCCUGGCAGGAAGUGGUAAAAAUAUACAAUUCGUCGACCACCGGUUCGCAACGAACUUUAGAAAGUUUACAACAGAAUCAUAAAAACAUAAAGAAAAAAUUUAAAAAAUCUGCUUCUGAUGCUAAAAUGAAUAUACCAGUUAUGGAAUUGGUCCACAGUGUUAAAGAGUUUGGCACCUCCUCUGAUGGCUGGGAAAAAAUUUCUCAUAACAUGGGGGUAUCAACAGAAACGUGCCAAGAAGUUUUGGCCAAUCUGAAGAAAGAGGCAGAUCGAAAAGAUGCAAUUUUAAAAAAGAAUGUUAUGGGUACAGGUGGAGGACCAGCACCAAAUUAUGAUCCAGACCCAUUGUUGGAAAAAGUUAAAGUUUUAGUUGGUCCUGCUAUCGAUGGCCUAUAUACAAUAUAUGAUGGUGACAGUUGUUUAAUGGCAUCCCAACCAGCAGCUGAGCCUGUUGAAGCCAUUAAUAUGCAAACAGAUACACAAGAAGACAAUCAGCACGGGGAAAAAAAUACCACAUUGCAACUUACUAACGUCACACAACAGGAUGAGGAAUAUUUUACAAAUGACAGGGCAAACUUAAAAAAGAAGCCCCACUCUUUAUUGGUUCAGAACAUUAAAAAUAAAAAAAAGAAUCACUCAGAAAUGCCGCAGAAACAAUCUGUUUCAACAAAAUUUAUAAGUUUGGCAAGUGAAAAGCUAGAGUUGGUGGCUUUGCAAAAAGAAUUACUCCAAAUUCAAAUAAAAGAGGAAACAGAAAAGUCAGAGCAUGGUCGUUUACUCCGUGAUAUGGAAAAGGAAGAUGCAAAAAAAAAUGAACAUAAUGAAUUAAUUAGAAAAUUUGAAUUAGAAAAUAUUAAGGUGCGUUUUUCUAACUGA